AGGAGGCAGGAGCGCCAAAAAAAAGAAGCUGAGGUAUUUUCGAUAGGUUCUAGUCGCUAUCACUGCGCUUAUCAGUGGUGUUACCACAGCCCUUAUACUUACAGAAUCUGUGGUGUUACUGGCAGGCUAACGUUUUAGAAUAUUUGGUGACACGGGCACAUGACUGCCAAGUGAUGGCAGGCAAAAGAAAAAAAGUGGACAUACGGAGCUACUUUUCAAAGAAAUCUGUGACAGAUCCAACAUCACAACGCCACACUACAACACAGGCAGACGGCGAUGGAGGGAAAGAGUCACAGGUGACAGCUCAGCCAUGUUGUAGCUCAGACAAAGGCGAAGAGACAGGCGAAGAGACAGGAGCACAGGUGGCAAUCAUGACACAUGAUACAGGGGAAGAUACAGGAGAAGAGUCAGGGUCAAAGGAAACUGGCACACCUGUAGUGAGCAUCAGGGAGAGCAGCAGUGAGAGUGACACCGGCAGUGAUGAAGAGCAGUGUAGUGGUGGUGAUAGUCUGGACAUUGGCAAUAAGCCAAACCAGCCUGACCCAAAAUCCAUCCCAGAUCAAACAUUGACCAGUAGGGUCCUCCAUUUUCAAGAAAGGUGGUAUAAACAGUACCCAUGGCUUCAUUAUAGCCCUGCAGUAAAGGGAGUUCUCUGUUUUUACUGUGUGAAGGCAUAUACUGUACAGAAAAGUGCUAUGUCAAAAAAAGCAGACCAUGCAUUCUCCUCCAAGGGGUAUACAAACUGGAAGAAUGCGCUUGAAAGAUUUGAACGGCACCAAAAUUGUCAGGCCCAUCAUCAUGCAGUCACAGUGCAUGCUCAACAAGCAGCCCCCAUAGAUUCACAACUCUCAAGUGCCUGGUCAAAACAGCAGGGAAAUGCCAGACACUGCUUAAGAAGUAUUGUUGGUUCAGUACAGUUCCUUAGCAGGCAGGGAUUGGCAAUGCGUGGCCAUGGAAAGGAAGAUGGUAACCUGUUUCAACACUUGAAACAUAAAGCCAAGGAUGACGCCUGUCUCUCUGACUGGUUGUCCCGUCACCAUGAUUAUACAUCUCCAACAGUGCAAAAUGAGAUUUUACAGUUGUUUGGCACCUGUAUAGUUAAAGACAUUGCACAAACUCUCAGAUCUCUGUCUGUGCAGCAGUUCUCCAUCAUUAUAGAUGGUACUCAAGAUAUUUCAGGGACUGAGCAAGAGUCCAUAUGUUUUAGGUAUGUGGAUGAGGAUCUGGUUCCACAUGAGGUGUUUGUGGGCUUAUAUCAAGUGUCAAGAACUACUGGAGUGGAGAUAGCAAGAGCAGCGGUGGAUGUGCUUUUGAGGCUGAACAUCCCAUUGGCAUAUUUGAGAGGUCAGGCAUACGAUGGUGCAGCAAACAUGUCAGGAUCGUAUUCAGGUGCACAGGCAGAAAUGAAAAAACAGCAACCACUGGCAUUGUAUGUGCACUGCGGGCCUCACUGCCUGAACCUGAUAACACAGGCUGCAUGUCAGGCCAGUCCUUUAAUUCGUGAUGCCUUAGAGUGGGUGCAUGAUCUGGGGACAUUAAGCAAGCAGUCAGGCAAAUUCAAGGGCAUGUUUUCAGCUAUAGCCGCAGAUUCAGAGGGACCAAAUGUGUCUCUUAGACCACUCUGCCCAACCAGGUGGACAGUAAGGGGAAAUGCUGUCAAAGCCGUGCUAUCUCAAUAUGAGAGUGUGCUGGUGAGCCUAGAGGAGAUGGCAGCAAGUGGGUCAAGCUCAGCUGCUAAGGCAAAUGGUUUGCAUGACAGAUUUUCAAAGGGAAAGACAGUGCUUGGGCUUCUAGUGGCAUUGGAGGUCAUUGAGGAGCUAGAAUGCCUCAAUAAGUCCCUGCAGAAAAGAACAGCAACAAUUGCUGGAAUGAAGGAAGCAAUAGAGUGUGUCAAAUCCACCCUACAGGGUAAAAGAAAAGGGGAAAAAUUCCAGAAAGUGUUCGAUAAAGCUGUGGAAAUGGUGGAUUCCCUGGAACUUGAGCCAAUUCAGAUUCCUCACCAGAGACGGCCACCGAAACGGUACACUGGUGAGGCAGGCAGUCACACUCCCAAGACACCUGAGGAGUCUUACAGACCAGAAUUUUACAAGGUGCUGGAUACUGUAGCUGUUCAGUUUGAGGAUAGGUUUAACCAACCUGAUCUAUGUGUCUUGCAGAAAUUGGAAGAAACUCUGCUGUCUGGAAAGGUGGAUGGCAUUGUUGAUCAGUACCCAGAAAUUAACAGGCAGACUCUUGAGAUUCAGUUGGCCAUGUUCAGGUCAAAAUAUACAUUCACAUCUAGUAGUGAGGUGGCUACUAUUAUCAGAGGGAUGCCAGUUGAGGUGAGGGGUCUGUUUAAUGAAGUGGAAAGCCUUGUCAGGCUGCUUUUAGUUGUGCCAGUUUCAUCAGCUGAAGCAGAGAGAAGCUUCAGUGCCCUGAGAAGGCUGAAAACAUGGCUGCGGUCAACAAUGACCCAAGUGAGAUUGAACAAUGCAGCUGUAUGCCAUGUUCAUCAGGACAUACUGGAUAAUAUAGACAUAAAACAAAUAUGCCAACAGUUUGUCGCAGUUAACGAUCGACGUAGGCAUGUGUUUGGCUCCUUCACAUAGACCCAUUUUUGUGCUCAUCAGUUGAGAUGACAGUUGCAGUAUGGCUGAAAUACUUACUAAGUCUUGAGGAGUAAAGUAAUGUUAAGAUGUAAAGUGAUGUUAAGAUGUAAGUAUUUAUUUAGUUAGUUCUCCUUUCAUAUAGCAUGCCCUACACCAUUGCAGAAGGAAAGUUCAUUGUUUAAAAAAAUUGUAUAAAAAAUUGUAUAGUUGAAAAUAAAGUAGGCCUACAUUUUUUUCUGUUAUUGUAAUGUUUUGUUUCAUGGAGACCCGUUUCAUGGCAGAAGUAAACAGACAUGUAAACUAUCAAUGUGUGUCAUUGAUUGAUUCGGUUGUACACCGACUGAAGGUAUAUCAU